AAGUGACGCGUCGCAGCCCUUUCGCCUCAGCUCGGAGCAGCCAUGAGGGCCCGGCGGCAGGGCGCGGAGCCGCGGGGGGCCCCGGACACACCGGCAGCGGGGGGCCCCACCGUUAGCCCUCCCCGUUCGCGGGGCCGCGGCGGGGCGGCCGCAGCCGGUGAGGCGGCGCUGCCGGGAGGGGGCCAGGCGGAGGAGUACGUGGUGGGGCAGGUGGCCGGCAGCCUCCGGGCGGACGGGGCUGCCGCCGCGCCGCUCGCCCGCCUCUUCAGCGCCGCCGCCGCGCCGCCGGUGCUGGUGGCCGUGAGGGGGGGAAAUAAGAAAAGAAAGCAGACAGAAGAAGCUGAGGAAGUGUCAGAAUACCAGAGCUCAUCAGUCACACAAGAACCUCCUGUAAAAGCAAAGAAAGCCAGAAAGAAGGAACUUUCAAAAGCAGAGAAAAAACUGGCGAACAGAGAGAGCGCUUUGGAGCGGGCAGAUGACGAGGAAGAGCAAAAACUGUUUCAGAACAAAAAGAAGCCAAAAAAAAAGGCCUCUCAUGCCAUCACCAAAACUGUUGAUUCAGACACAGGCACAACUGUAAAACAGCAAAAGAAAAAAAAGGUGGCUGAUGAGACGGUAAACAGAAGAACAGUGUUUGUUGGAAACUUGCCUGUCAACUGUACUGUUCAGGCAGUGAAAUCUCUUUUUAAAGAGUACGGACAAAUACAAUCCAUUCGAUUCCGGUCUUUGAUUCCAGCAGAAGAUACUUCAUCCAAAAAGUUAGCAGCAAUAAAACAUAAGGUGCACCCUAAUGCGAAGUUCAUUAAUGCUUAUGUUGUAUUUAAGGAAGAAUGUGAUGCUGUUAAGGCUCUAAAGGCAAAUGGAACAGAAAUUGCUAGUGGAUUUCACAUCAGAGUUGACAUUGCAUCAAAAAGCAGUUCACAUGACAAUAAACGGUCUGUAUUCUUGGGAAAUCUCUCAUAUGACAUCAGUGACGAUGCUGUGCGAGAACACUUUUCUGUCUGUGGAGGUGUAGUAGCAGUGCGAAUUGUGAGAGACAGAAAUACCGGCUUGGGUAAAGGCUUCGGCUAUGUUCUUUUUGAGAACACGGAUGCUGUACACCUUGCUCUGAAACUCAACGAGACUGUUCUGAUGGGAAGAAGGAUACGAGUGAAGCGCUGCGGAGAGAAGUGGAAAGCACCACCGAAAAGCUCGUCUCGUGCUCCUAAGGACAGAGCUGAUACCACAUUGAAAACCAAGCGGCGCUCUACCGAUUCCUUUGUUGGUGAAAAAGCAACCCCCUUGAAAAAACGCGGAAAACCGAAAAGGCCAAAAACUGUUCCUAGAAACAAAGCUGGGAAGAAGAAAGGGUCCUCUGAUAAAAAUCCAAUGUAUAGAAAUGUUAAUUAUUCUUAUAAAGGUUGAUGUACAGAA